AUGUCUGAGUCAAGUAAGUUUAGGCCUCCUAUUGCUGAGACAAAGAAGCUGGAAAGUGAUAUUUUGGCAAUUAUACAGCGACUGCGGGAUGACGAGGCUGGUGAAGGACAGGUGGCGAAAGAUGAGGUUAUAAGCGUAUUGAAUCGGUCUUUGACAGCGCUGUCACACUGGGUCUUACAAGCCCAGCUGAUGGAGCUGGACCCCAAUAAUCAAGAUCGAGUUGCAGUUGAGAACAGUUUACUGAAAAAGGAAGUAGAGUUCUUAUCCGGGAAAGCAUCUCAAAAGCGUCUCCAUCCUAUUCAGAUACCGCCAAGCCAACUUAAAGAGCCCUCAGAGAGGCCAUACAAGGUAGAUGUUCACACGCCCGUGAAGGAGAAAAGGAAAAAGAAGAUAGACAUCUCACAGAUAACUCCCAAGAGAGGUGAAUUCUCACCAAAACAGCAAAACACAGGUACAAAAUAUGAUGCUGAGAAGUCCCCAACUGGUAGAAGCUUGAAUACUAGGCGAACAAGUGGUGAGCCCUUAUCUCCCAAGGGCUUACACGAACCAGGAACACAAUUUAAGCUUGUCGAAAAUAAGAAACCACAUCCUAGGAUGAGAAGAACCAGCGAUAAUCCUUCUAGAAACGAAUAUGUUAGGGUGUUCCAUCUAGAGAAAGAGAAAUGA